UGACGCAGAUAUUACAGAUAGUCUUGGUUUUUCGUAAAAUAGUUGGAAAUUCCAGUAAUUAUUUGUUCACAUUUCUUUUUAUCAUUUGACAUAAAAUUAAUAAUCGUUCAGACGGUUCCUGCUCCAAGUCGGUUAUGCACAUCAACCAGGCCUGUAUGUUGCUGAUACUGGUCUAGUAGCGAAGCUUGCUGGAUAGCUGAGUUGAUGUGUCGAUUUUAGCUAACGUUAGCUGGUGGGCUACAAAAUAGCAAAAGAAGAUAAAGAUGCCGCAGCCGAAGUCCCGCAAGAUCGCAAUCCUUGGAUAUAGAUCUGUGGGAAAGUCCUCUUUAACUAUCCAGUUUGUGGAAGGCCAGUUUGUUGACUCUUAUGAUCCCACCAUAGAAAACACAUUUACGAAGAUGAUCACCGUCAACGGGCAGGAGUACCAUCUGCAGUUGGUAGACACAGCAGGCCAGGACGAAUACUCAAUUUUCCCUCAGACGUAUUCUAUAGACAUCAACGGAUACAUCCUGGUUUAUUCAGUCACAUCCAACAAAAGUUUUGAAGUUGUAAAAGUUAUUCAUGAAAAGCUGUUGGAUAUGGUGGGAAAGGUUCAAGUGCCCAUUAUGUUGGUUGGAAAUAAAAAAGAUCUGCAUAUGGAACGGGUAAUCAGCAGUGAAGAAGGAAAGGCUUUAGCUGAGUCCUGGAACGCCGCCUUCAUGGAGUCCUCUGCUAAAGAAAACCAGACUGCUGUAGAGGUGUUUAAGAGGAUAAUCCUGGAGGCUGAGAAGAUGGACGGGGGUGCGCCGCAGGGCAGAACAUCAUGCUCGCUCAUGUAGUUCUGCCCAAUCACCGCACUGGAUGCUGGGAUAUCCCUCUACUUGAAGGCUGACUGCCUGUUUUUUCCUCCAUGCAAACAUUUAUUUUAUAUGCCUUUUUUUACAUCAGACUUUCGUUUUGUUUGUGUGUGAAUGUGUUUUUCAUAAGUGUGCAGAGAAAUAUCCACAAAUGGAAAUGAAUCUGUUACUCUUAGCCCCACCUCCUUACCCAUAUCCCUACUGCCUCACCUUAUUAAGCCCCACCCCCUGAUGUGAAAGAUUAUCCUCUUAUGACCUCUUAUGUCAAUUUCUUUCCUUUUCAUAAUUUCUUCUUUUUUGCUUUAUUUCCAUUCACACUUCCUUUAUCAAUUUGUAUAUUGUAUUUCUUAAAGAUAAUUAUGGCCAAACAUGUUGCCAGCAUUAAUUUUCUUGUGUAGUGAAAUGUUUUUUUGGAUUGUAGUCAUUAAAGCAGUAUAUUGUUACAGUA